AAUACUCUGCAACGUUCAAUAGCAGGAUAGCUAUACCGAGUCAACAAUCAAGAAAUCGGUUGUUCCCACUUUUGAAUCAUUGCGUAUUCCAUCUUAGUAUAUUCUAACCAUUCAGCAUGCCAAAGAAGAGAUCGUCCAACGGAAGAAACAAGAAGGGUAGAGGACACGUCAAGCCAGUCAGAUGUGUUAACUGCUCCAGAUGUGUCCCUAAGGAUAAGGCCAUCAAGAGAGUCACUAUCAGAAACAUGGUCGAGGCUGCUGCUGUGAGAGAUCUGUCUGAGGCAUCCGUCUACGACGAGUAUCCACUGCCAAAGCUGUACCACAAGUUGGUUUAUUGUGUCUCAUGCGCUAUCCACGCCAGAAUUGUGAGAGUCAGAUCUAGAACUGACAGAAGAAUCAGAACUCCACCAGUCAGACAAAGAUUCAACAGAGAAAGAAGAGUUUCUCCUGCUGACGCUGCUAAGAAGGCCACUGCUUAAAUUGUGUUGUAGAAGUGCUGAUGUAUAGCGUACAGUAAUGAUAUGUUGAUAAAAUAUAGGA